AUAACAUGUCAAAGAAGUAAACACGCAUAAAGUUCUACAUGCAUUGUUAUGAUAUUUAGUAGUCAUGUUAUUAAGAUGACGGCUUGUACACAUUCUAAUAACAACCAUCAAGGAGAUUGUGCUUAGAGUUAAAAUUUGUAAAUAAUAGGUUCCCUUGAAAGUUGCAUUAUUUCCAAUUCACAACUUGAAAAGUAAUAUGUAAUCUAUGGUUAAAACUGUCAAAUGUCAGAUGGUCGGAAACUGGAAGCUGCCAGAACAGAAACUUUAAAACUUCUUCUUUUCACAGAAGUUUACACGAAAGUUAAAUUAAAUAAGCAUCAAAUAUACUUUUAUAAGAUUAUAAUACAAUUUGUAGGUAUAAAUUGUGACGCAGCCCAACUCACGAAAUGUGUACUUCAAAAAGUUUGUAAACAACUUGAGAAGUUUUCUUCUUUUAUUUGUUUGUAAACAAAAAAUCGAUUAAAACUAUGUCGGUUAUUGUUAUCGCAGUAGCCACUGAAAGUGGUGUGCCAAUAUUUUCAAGGAAACGGGGUAAUAAUGAAAGUGUGCAAUUCUCCACCAUAGCAUCUCUCCAUGGCAUUAAUAUGUUCAGUAAAUGCCACAACUUGUCUUUGAUAGAAACACAAGUUGACAAUGGAUCUAUAUUGUGGAAGGAGUAUUGUAAAAGGUUUAUUUUUAGUGUCACAUUAAUUGGAAUCGCAACCGGUGGCCUGGAGUGUGAUCUAGAGCUCCUCUUGUCCAGUGUAAAUGAUGCUAUGAUAUUUUGUGUAGGAAAAAAAGAAUUGGAAAAUCUCAAGAACAUAGAUCAAAUAAAAAGAGAUUUGAGGCAGUGUUACCCAAUCUUAGAUUACCUGUUGGAGUCUUUGGACCCAAAUGCAGUGUCAAGCCCUCUUCCUACUUUACUACUGGAUUUAAUACAGAGUAUUUUGUGCCCACAAGCACAUCAAUUGCAGCAAGCUCUAGACAACUACGCUGAAAGUGUCACUGGCAGAUGGGCAUGUCUGAUUAUUCAUGGGCAUUUAGUUGCAACCAGUUCUGACUUCUGCGAACUGGACCCUAGAGAAGCUAGAUUAAUGUUACUACUUGCUGCCGCCCAAGAUGGUGCCCCUCUAAGAGAUACACCUGUUUAUUUUCCACAGAUGAGCCCUAAUGUAGCAUUCAGAGCAGUGACAUGUAAACUAUUAGCCGAUGUUUACAUUUUAGUAGUAUGUGGAGCAACACCAGCGUUAUCACAGAUAGACGAAAUUGUCCUGCAAUGUUGGGAAGGUUAUGCUUCAAUUAUAAAAGAGGCAAAAUUGGGCUUCCCACGAAACUUCCCGAUGAGUAUCACAUUUGAGCCUUGUGUUUUAGGAGUGCUAAUAGUGAACAUAAACAAAAGGCGAUGUGUAUUUUCGCGCCACUUACACCCUUCGAACCAGAAAGGCCGAGGAAUGUCAGGUGCUCAUAGAAUGGAUAUCUUAAGGACUUUCUAUAUCACCACUGCAAGAGAAUUGGCACCAGAACUAAAACAUAAAGGACCAAGCAAUGGCAUUGAGAACAUGACUGAAACAUAUUGGUGUUCGGAAUAUCACAAGUGUCACGCGCAGAGACUAGGGAACAUUCUAUGCUGCGGGCUUUACGCUUCAUCGGUUCAACUACACACAAUAAGAUUAAUAACAAAUCAAAUACUGCAAGAUUUAAACACAAAUAAAGAUGUUUACUGGUGAUGUAAACAACAUAAAUCAAAAAACCUUUUAUAUUUAAAAUAAAAAUGAUAUUUACAUGAUUACUUAAA